CGAUAUUUGGAUUAACCCUCCCAUUUCGAUUGCCUGUAGUUUACUUCGCCUUGUUUAUCAAUGUUUAUGCAUGUGCUGCCUUUGGCUGUCUUUAGGGCGUAGCCUGCUGUCACUGCCGUGUAAAAACACACUUUAACGUGCUUGAACUCAAAGACACGACUUAGGUGUGCUAAACUGUAACUUUAAAUGUUGCGGAAGGAGGAAGAGGAAGUUAUGGUCAGCGAACUUUGACUGUGGAAAAUGUCAAUAAUUGUCAUUUAGCGGACGGUCAAAUGUUUGCUAAAGAACGGCAAGAUUUGGAGAACAAAUAUCUCCAAAAAGGCUCGAUGGACUUCACCAAAAUUAACUCUUUCGAAACUUUCACCGAGGUGUGGAGUCAUUACGGCUAUGGAGAAAACUUGGAGGACUUGCUUGAACGGGAGUUCGCUCGACUUAACGGUACUGUAUAUCUGGAUCAUGCAGCAAGUACUCUCUACCCACAAUCUCUGGUCACGGAUUACUGCCUGGAUAUUUCAAGGAACGUCUAUGGAAACCCUCACAGCCACAACCCCAGCAGCAGGUUAACACAUGACACCGUGGAGAGGGUCAGGUACAGGAUAUUGCAGCAUUUCAACACCACCCCCGAGGAGUACUCUGUGAUUUUUACUUCGGGCUGUACAGCCGCUCUGAAAUUAGUGGCAGAGGGCUUCCCCUGGAGGCCGCAGACGGAGGGCGAGGCAGGAAGUCACUUCUGCUACCUUACUGACAACCACACAUCUGUUGUUGGCAUAAGAGGACUAACAUCUGACUGGGGAGUGGUUAUCCUCCCAGUCUACCCCCAAGAGGUGCUAAAUAGGGCAAAAGAUGAGACUCAAGGUGAAAAUACGGUUUGUCAGACGCCACAUCUCUUCUGCUACCCAGCGCAGAGCAACUUCUCUGGGAGGAAAUAUCCCCUUAGCCAUGUAAAAGGCAUCCAGGCCAAGCGUCUUUACCCAGCAUGUGACCAUCCAGGCCAAUGGUUUGUGUUGCUGGAUGCUGCCUCGUUUGUCAGCUGUUCCCCGCUAAACCUACAAGACUGCCCUGCCGAUUUCAUUCCCAUUUCCUUCUACAAGAUAUUUGGCUUCCCUACAGGUCUGGGGGCCCUUCUUGUCCGCAACCAUGCAGCAAGCAUGCUAAAAAAGACUUAUUUUGGGGGAGGCACAGCAGCAGCUUACCUUUCUGGAGAAGAUUAUUACGUGCAGGCUGCAAACAUUCCUGACAGAUUUGAAGAUGGCACAAUCUCCUUUUUGGACAUCAUUGCUCUCAACCACAGCUUUGAAACUCUUUACAGAAUCGCUGGGUGCAUGCUGAACAUACAGCAGCACACAUUUGGCUUGGCACGCUACACUUACUUGCUUCUGUCAAGUCUUUGCCAUGGCAACAGGCGACCAGUGGCCCAGAUGUACACUCAUGGCCAGUUUGAGAGUCCAAGCACACAAGGCGCAAUCUUACUUCAAAACUUCAACCUUAUGGACUGUCAUGGAAAAAUAAUUGGAUAUUCUCAGGUGGACAGAAUGGCAAGUUUGUACAACAUCCAUGUACGCACUGGUUGCUUCUGCAACACCGGAGCUUGUCAGAGCUUCCUUGGCAUUACAAAUCAGCAAAUGAAGAGAAACUUACAAGCCGGCCACGUCUGCGGAGACACCAUUGACUUGGUGGAUGGGCAGCCAACCGGAUCUGUCCGCGUGUCCUUUGGCUACAUGUCAACCUUUGACGACUGUCAAAAGUUCCUGAGCUUUGUUGCUGAGUGCUUUGUGGAGAAACCAGUGACAGUAGACCAAGCCAGACUAGAAAGUCUUAAAGCUGCAAAAGCACCAAAGGAAGAGACUACAGUCAAUAUCACUGAAGUAACACGGAAAGACCAAGAAAAGGAGCAAAUUACAGAAUCCUCACGAAGGGGAUUUAAACUAGUAUGUCCAGGCAGCCAUCAAGGAGCUUAUACAUUGACCAACAUCUAUGUAUAUCCCAUCAAAUCAUGUGGCGCUUUUGAGGUCCACAACUGGCCAGUAGGACCUCAGGGUUUACUGUAUGACAGAGGCUGGAUGGUGGUAAAUGGAAAUGGGGUGUGCCUGAGUCAGAAAAGAGAACCACGUCUAUGCCUCAUUCGCCCACAAGUCAGUCUGUCUUCAAAUGAGUUGCUUUUGCAGGCGACAGGAAUGGAUGACAUCAUUUCAGUUCCACUGGAAAUCAGAACUGGAAUGGACGCAAGCUCUCCGGUGUGUCAGAGUAAAGUUUGUGGUGAUAGAGUAGAGACUGUGGACUGUGGUGAUGGGGCUGCGUCGUGGCUUUCAGACUUUCUUGGACAGCCAUGCCGUCUGAUAAGACAAAGUCCCAAUUUCACUCGAGGCAUGAAAAAGAAGUUUGAUACAGCCAUCAGCUCAUCGUCGCUCUCACUGGUGAAUGAAGCACAGUAUCUCAUGAUCAAUCGUGCCAGUGUGGAGCUCAUUCACAAAGUAAUGAGCAGCAGGGAAGACGAGUCUGCGCUCGACACACAAAACAUCAUCAGUCGGUUCCGAGCCAAUUUCGUCAUUGCAGGCGCUGAAGCAUUUGAGGAGGAAAAUUGGUCAAGCUUAAUUAUUGGCAACAUUCAAUUCACGGUCGGAGGUCAAUGUGUUCGUUGCCAAAUGGUUGGAAUAGACCAGAACACUGGGAGCAAAACCAAAGAGCCACUUAUUUCUCUUUCAAGCCAACGCACUGGAAAGGUGACAUUCGGCGUGUACCUCGUCCAUCAUUUGCCAGAAGGGUCCACUAAAGCCGGUGUCUUGUGCACUGGAUCCCUGUGCUUCAUAAACUGCACCGCAAACACCCAAGAUGUGCCUGUGACAUUGGGAGGAUUUCUGACAUGAUACCUGUCAAGCUUGCAGGGAUCUUCUUUUUCAUUUGCUAGGUUUUACUUUGUCAAUAUCCACAAUCCUUGAGAUGCCGGUUCCUUCCGUUUUUAAAGCAAACCAGCCAAAAUAAAUGAGUGUACUGUCAUUUCCUAACUUUAGAGCGCACCUAAAUAUAAGCCACACCCACUUAAUUUUUGGGGAACAUUUUUUUGUACAUAACAAAGUUUAUUCACAACUUUAAUUAAUCACAAAUGCCUCAAAGGGCUUCACAAACCACCAUGAUAUCCUCGGAUUUGAUCCCACAUCUGGGCAAGAAAAAACUCAACCCAAUGUGGGCUCUGUACCGAGGAUGUCGUUGUGGCUUGUACAGCCCUUUGAGACACUUGUGAUUUAGGGCUAUAUAAAUAAACAUUGAUUGAUUGAUUGAUUGAAUGUGGGAACAAUUUCCCUGGUGACCGGUGAAAUGGAUGCCGAUGUAAUAUUGGCUGCACACAUCUGUAUGAUGCAGGUGUAUAUAUAAAAACAUGAAAAGUGUUCAUUCACAAAGAUCAUGUCCCAAAAAACUCCUAAAAUUACUGUUGUGCAGCAUUCAUUAAGCGACAGGGUUCAAAACGUGACAAAAAAAGUUGCGGUUUAUAUAGUCCGAAAAUUAUGUUACUUUCUGUGUCAGCAUGAGUCUACAUAAUAUAUUGUAAAGUAUUUUAAGUGAGUUGUUUUUUCACUCAAGUGUUGUGGAAUAAAGCAGGUGUAGGAUUUUAUUCACAUGGCAAACACUGUCGAUCCUGAUGCAAUCUUUGGUGCUCAUUUUUCUUCAUUUAUUCUUCCUCUUAUUCCCGAGGAGAUUAACACACUUUUUAUUCCAACCACACCUUUCAGACGGCUGUCUGCAAUCCAAGGUAGCGUUUUCCUAAUCAUGAAGAAAACUACCAGACUUCUCUAUGUCCUACUCAUACAUGUAUUGCCAAAACAUGUGUGAAUGGGGAUUAAAAGAAGUGCAGCACAGUAUCAGGCCUGGUAAAAAAAAACAUUUAUGAAAAUAUUUGUCUUACAAUACUACAAAUACAGUAUGCAAUUUUGUCCCAAGGAUAUAUUUUCUUUUCAAACCAGGCUCGUCCUCUGUGUACGGUAUUGCUGUUCAAUGUGUGCAAUGUCACAUUGCAUAGAAUAAACAGCAAUUCUCAAACUGUGG